CGUCUCCUCUCUCUCUCUGCUACUUCUUCAUCUUCCUGAUGAAUCCUCACAAAACCGAAGAAGGUCUGUUCCACCAUCAUGAUCUUGAUCCGACGGCGGACAUACUCGUUCAAUCACAACCCUCCAUUCUCCACCACCACCACGACCACAAUUCCGAAGUCGAUCCCGCUUUUUCUCUCCCGGAAUUCGUACUCUUCCGCUCUUCUCCCUCCGGAGAUUCUCCCGGUCACUCCUCAGACGAACACGACGAUUCCCUUACCGGAAACCCCCAAAUUGAUGCUUCGUCAAAUUCUAGGGUUUCGAGUGCAGGAAGAGAUGGGCUUUUUAUCAGCCCCGAUCCUCAUAUCUCAUCUCAGUUCUACACAUUCAACGCAGCUUCUCACUCUCUCAUGAUUCGCUGUCUCCGCGAGGUCCGUCUCGCUACUCCGGCGGAGAUCCGUAUCGCUACGCCGAGGUCUGUCCUCAAGUCAUGGCGCGCCGUUUGGAAGGAUCGUAACGAGGAAACGGCUUACCUCACCGCCUGGAAACGGAUCCAGGAUAAGCUCACCUCUCGCCUCGACCCAGCCACCGGUAACGAAUUUCUCUGCUUCAAGAAUAAUUCUCAGCAAUUCGUCUCUCACAUUAACCAGUGGCAAGAUAUAGUCAUGGGCUUUCACGGUGAUGGUGAUUUGAAACACUUAGGGCCUAAAGAGACUAUUGAGAGGAUUAAGCAAGUUUGGACUGUUGGUGCUAAGCUCUAUGGAAUUCCCGAGAGCUUUAUUAGGGUUUGUGUUGCGGCAUGUCCUGUUUGCAAUGCUGACUCUGGUUCUGGUUCGAGGAACAAACGGCGUCGAUUUGAGUAUACUGAGUCUUUUGAUGUGCCUGCCAAGGAAGUUCCCGAUAGGUUGCAGCAACUGGCUGCUAAGCACAAAGUUGUGCUCUGUAUUAGGCAGAAGUACAUUAGGUAUAAGCCAUUCAUGGCAGAGGUGAAGGAUUAUGCAUGUCAUAGAGCUGGAGAGCCUGUCUCAAUUAAGAAGUCUAGGAUUUUGAAGAGGGAGCCGUAUCAGUCAAAGAGAUGCGGUUGUGGUUUUAGGAUUAGAGCUAUUGUACCCAUUGCUAACUACAGUGAAAAGACCAAAACAUUUGUAUAUCAGGAAGAAGGGACAGCAGUUUUUAAGCUAUACGCUGUCCAUUCAGGACAUGAGCCGGGGGCAAUGGAUGGAAAUGCGAGAAUCAUGCAUCGGGUUGUUGGUCAUAAGGGGUUUUUGAUGGAUCAAGAGACGGUCUACGGAGUGCAGGAAGACUUAGAAACCGAAGGGAUGGGAUUGACUGGGAAGGAUGAUGGUGCCGAAAUGCAGUUUGCUGUCUUGCAUCAGGUGCAGGAACUAAGGAGUGAACUUGGAACUCUAGAAGGAAAGAUUGGGAAUUUCUCACAAGAGAUGUUGGGUUCAGUGUCCACAGAGUUGUUUGAGAUGCUCAACAAGAUCAGGAAUAUCGGCGUUGAGAGUGUUAAGGAUACAACAGGCUUGGUUUCAGAGAAGUCACACUCAGAUGAAAUACUUGUUGGAGAUAACGAUCUAACACAUUGGAGUGACCAUCACCAUGAGCAUUUAUACGGAGAUGGGAAGGAUGCAGAACUUAUUGAAGACGAUGAGGACAGUUUUGAGAGGAGCCUUGAUGAUGUUGUUCCUUGGGAACAGAUAAGGCCACCGUCGGAUUGUAGAAGUCAGAAGGAUCUCUUGGCUGAGACAUGUAAGCCUGAUAAAUGGCUAAAGUGCAAUGACUUUGAUGAUGAGAAUAGCAUUCUGAAUAGCGAAGAUUCUAAAUUAACAAAACCGAUGAACCACGAUGGAGGUAGUAUAGUAACAGAUGUAGGUUUAGCUGGUAUACAAGUCGAUGAUAGCUUCUAUCAAGAAAACUCCAAAUGGUAUGACUCUCCUUGUGGUUUGGAUUCAAACACGGACGGUGAAGACAAUGGAUUUAGACACGGGGAGAUUUUGUAGAAACACGGUGUUUCCUUCUUGUUUUAUGUAAAGUCAAACCCAGAUUGUUUCUAUGCAUAUAUCUAAGAUUUGAAACCUUUCAAGGUUUCUCACUUUUGCUUAUUGUUAAGUGAUUGCUAUUUUAGACUCGAUGAAACAAAUUUGUCGAAGAUUUUUAAUUAAUUUAAUCUUUUUCU